GCCGUACAGGUAUAAAACCAGACGACACACGACUCAGAAUGCAGAAAAUCAGAGAAGUCGAGACCCACCGAGCAAGAAGUGCAAUCAAGACCUCAUUCAAUUGAGAAUGCAUCCAAACAUGAAAAUGUGGAUCGGUUGGGCAGCGUGCGCCUUCCUCUUGUUCGCCUGCUUGGGAACUCUUACGGAAGGGUAUCCAACAAAACCUGACAACCCGGGAGAGGACGCACCUGCGGAGGAGCUCGCCAAGUAUUAUUCUGCACUAAGACACUACAUCAACCUCAUAACAAGGCAGAGGUAUGGCAAAAGGUCCAGCGCUGACACCUUAAUAUCAGACCUUCUGAUUGGUGAAACAGAGUCCCAUCCCCAGACCAGAUAUGAGGACCAUUUGAUGUGGUGAUCUCAGCAAUUAACACAGUCAUAUCCAUGUGUCAUCCUGUUAUACGGUCACCAAAUCUCAUCAAAUUGAAAUCUGUAUCAUCAAGAUCAACAACUUUCUGUGAAGUUCCACAGCCAUAAUCAGGAUAGUGAAAACACUGUCGAACAUUUAAAUAACACAUCAAAUCCUUCUGUCUGUACAAGUGCGCGUCUAUGUGAAAUGCUAAUAUGGUUCCACUGAAUAUGGCCUUGUUGACGUGUACCCGUUCUGAGCUCAUCGAAGAUCAGUCAGCCGUCCAACAAGACAAUUGUACAGAGACUUACUGUGUAUAUGCGUGUUGUGUCCAUUGUAAUCCCAAAUAUCAAAAGAGAACAUUACUAACUGUACAGUAUAACAGUGCUAAUAAAGUUCACUAUAUUUGAAUGAGU